CAAAACAACUCCGCCGCCGCCGCCUCUGAACCACCACCGCCACGCCCACUCCGACGGUCCGACCAAACUCUUUGACCGCCUCGUCGCCAUGGCCUUCGCUCUCCAAUAGCUUUGCAGCCUCAUCGGAUCCCACCAACCGAUGUACGGCUCCGACAAGCUCGUCCUCAUUCAGAUUGGUUCAAUAAAUGGUUGCUUUGCUGGUUGGUUGGGGCUUUUGAAGACUGAUAAGAAUAAGCCCUAGAAAAAAAAAAAUUUCUCGGAAAAUAGCCGACAAUGAAUGGCCUUCUUAGCAGAAGCAUUGUGAUGAAUCUGGUCAGAUUCAAAGGCCUUCCCAUUUUGCAGCAACUUCAUGUUGAAGAAAAUCUGCUUCGAACUUCCUCACACAAUUGGUGUAUCAUCAACGAUGGGACCCACCACCCAACUGUCGUCAUGGGCAUUUCCGGGGCAGCUUCUGAGCUUCUUGAAAUCGAACCAGUGCUGCGAGAUGGGAUUCCUGUGAUCAGGAGGUUCACCGGAGGUGGUACUGUUGUUGUUGGCAGUGGCACAGUUUUUGUUACUUUGAUAUGCAACAAGGAGGCUGUUGCUGACUUGCAAAUGUAUCCAAGGCCUAUUAUGUCCUGGACCGGCCUUUUCUAUGAUAGAGUAUUCCAAGGAAUUGGUGAUUUCCAUCUUCGUGAAAAUGAUUAUGUAUUUGGUAAUCGCAAGUUUGGUGGGAACGCGCAAUCCAUAACUAAGAACCGGUGGAUCCACCACACAUCAUUUUUGUGGGACUAUGAUGUCAGAAACAUGGCCUACUUAAAACUCCCGAAACGGGCGCCAGAAUAUCGACUGGCAAGGGACCAUUUGGAAUUUAUAUGCCGCAUGAAGGACUAUAUGCCAAGAUCAGUGUUCAUUGACAAAACUGUCGAAGCGCUAGGAACCGAAUUCUCCGUUAGAUCUGUCAAGUCGGAUGGCUUGGCUUCUUUCUUGAACACAAAGUUCAGUCCCUCUACUAGGCUCCUGACCAGGCAGGAGUUGGAGGCUGCAGCUUUUGCUUCGCCGGUUGAGAUCGCCCUCUCAUGAUCAUCAUCAGCUCUGAAAUAAUUUCUCUCAGUUGAUUAUUAUUCAUGAUUAAGGAGGUGCUUUAAUCAAGCAAAGCAACUCCUAAAUUUGGUGAUUGAAGGUUUUAUUAAGGAGGGGAACUUGGAGGGAGCUAAGCAGCAGUAAGCAAGGCGGUUUGGAUCUUUAAUUUCAAUCACAAAUCUCUCCUUUACUCUCCAACUUCUCACUUCAUCAAACGACAUCCUCCAAAACUCCACUCUGAUUGGAAUAACAAAUUGAAUGGACCAACUUCAACAAAACUAAAGAGAAAAAAGAAACAAUCGC